CUUUAUUUGCAUGCAGCACACGUUCUAGGCUUUGGUAAUUUCAUACCACCUUUUGCAAGUGCAAGUGGUAGGGAUAUUUUGCAAGGUGUAAAUUAUGCCUCUGGCUCUGCAGGAAUUCGUAAUGAGUCAGGAAGUCAUCUUGGCACUUGUAUUUUCAUGGAUUGACAACUUAAAAAUCAUCAAGAAACAAUUUCACGAAUUGUGAAUUUACUUGGAAAUAAAGAUGCAACCAAUGCUCACUUGAACAAAUGUUUGUACAGUGUUGGAAUAGGCAGCAAUGAUUAUAUCAACAAUUACCUUAUGCCUGAAAAAUAUCAAUCAAGUCGUCUGUAUACACCAAGUCAAUAUGCAACAUUGUUGACACAACAAUAUGCUCAACAACUAAAGACUUUAUAUGGAGAUGGAGCAAGGAAAGUUGUCUUAUUUGGGUUACCCCAAAUAGGUUGCAUCCCACAAAUGUUACAAACACAAAAAACAAGAACAUGUGUGGAUUCAACAAAUGAGGCAGUUCAACUAUUCAAUGACAAGCUCAAGUCGCUUGUCAAUGAGCUAAAUAACAACUUCACAGAUGCAAAAUUCACAAUUGUAAACAUAUAUAGCAUGUCAUCACUUUUUAGUGGUUUAAGUUUUUUGAAUUUCCCAUGUUGCAAUGUUUCAAAAACAGUUGCUGAAGGACAGUGUGUUCCUAAUACAGCUCCAUGCCCCAUUAGGGCAGCACAUGCAUUCUUUGAUAAUUUUCAUCCUACAGAGACUGGAACUAUGGUUGCUAUUUUGAGAGCAUACUAUUCACUGUUACCUUCAGAUACUUAUCCUAUGGAUAUUAAUCAUUUGCUUCUAAGUGGACUUUUAGGUGGAUAAAGAGGUUGUUUACAAUAGAUUCUUGUAGUCCAACGCUUUUUCGGAUUCCCUGCGUUGCAGAAGUUUUGGUGCACCGGCUGAUGUGAAAUUUAUUUUCAGGACAAAUAGAGUUGAUGUUCUUAGUUUAGAGUUUUGUUUCGAAUAAUUUAUCUUUUGAACCGAGGAUCUAUCGAGAAUAGUAUCUCUACCCCGCAAAGAUAAAAGUAAGGUUUGUGUACAUAUUAUCUUUCCCGAAUCCUAUUUAUAAGAUUACAAUGAGAAUGUUUA